GCUUAGCGUUCUUGGAGAGAAAAAAGAGAGAAUGUGACGCCAUUGAUGCGUCUGCAGAAGCUUCGUGUCCCGCCAUUGACCGCGGGAGGGCAGCCAAUGGGGAAGCACUAGGAGCCAUAGGAGGGGUCAAUCCGUGCGUGAGCCAUUACGUACGUAGCCGAGCCACCGCCCGCCCUCCGCCUCUCGCCGUCCGCCGACGCCACACGCAAGCAAUUUUUAAUCCCCCGCCGAGCGCCCCAACCACCGCCGUCCGGCUCCCUUUCUCCACUCCGGGCACGAGGGGAGAAUAAUAUAAUCUAAUUGGCCCAGUGCGCGCCACUAGCUCCACUCUCGCCACCGAAUCAACCAGGAUCCGCUCGGGCUCGCUCCAGCUAAUCCGGCCGAGGGGAUUCGGGGGAGCGAGGGCGGGACGGAGGGAGGCAUGGAGCAGAGCAGGGAGGAGUUCUUGGAGCAGUUCGGCGGCGACUACGGCUACCCGGGCGCGCCCAGGGGCGUCGACCAGAUGCGGGUCGCCGACUUCCAGCGCCUCCAAGGGACGGUGUACCUGGACCAUGCCGGCGCGGCGCUGUACUCGGAGCAGCAGAUGGCCGACGUUGUCAAGGACCUCACCUCCAAUGUCUAUGGCAACCCUCAUAGCCAGAGUGACUCGAGCAUGGCCGUGACCGACCAAGUUACCGCUGCACGCCAUCAGGUCCUAAAAUACUUUAAUGCAUCUCCAAGAGACUACAAAUGCAUAUUCACUUCCGGGGCAACAGCGGCUCUGAAACUUGUUGGUGAAUGUUUUCCAUGGAGCAGAGAAAGCUGUUACAUGUACACAAUGGAAAAUCAUAAUAGUGUACUUGGGAUAAGAGAAUAUGCUCUGAGCAAAGGAGCAACUGCAUUGGCGGUUGAUAUUGAAGAGGAUAAGGGUCUUGAAAAGAAACAUGGAAGUCCUAGUUCCGAUUUGUUUAAGAUCUCGAGACACUCAAACCAAAGAAGAGGUGGAGACGUCCUUUCACAGAAUUGUCAGAAUGGAAGCCUUUCAGCGGUUUCAGAAAACAAUUGGAAUCUGUUUGCAUUUCCUUCUGAGUGCAAUUUCUCCGGACAGAAAUUCAACCUUAACUUGGUCAAGCUUAUCAAGGAAGGAAAUCUUGUGGGGCUCCCUUCGCAGCAGCAGCAGGGUCAAUGGAUGGUUCUGAUAGAUGCUGCAAAAGGAUGUGCAACUGAACCACCAAAUUUAGAUGUGUAUCCUGCUGAUUUUGUUGUCUGUUCGUUCUACAAGAUAUUUGGCUAUCCAACUGGUCUUGGUGCUCUAAUUGUAAAAAACGAGGCUGCCAGUUUGCUGAACAAGACAUACUUCAGUGGAGGAACGGUAGCUGCUUCAAUUGCUGACAUUGACUUUGUUCAGAAAAGAAAGAGCAUCGAACAAGUUCUUGAGGAUGGAACAAUCUCGUUCUUAAGCAUAGCUUCUCUUCAGCAUGGUUUUAAGAUAAUUGAGAUGCUAACUACCUCCGCCAUUGCACUGCACACAUCAUCCCUUGCUACUUAUGUGAGAAAGAAGAUGCUGUACAUGAAGCACAGAAAUAAGAAAAAUGUUUGCAUAAUCUAUGGACAAGAAGCAUCUAAGGUGGCAGAUUUGAAGACAAGCCCUACAAUCACAUUCAAUUUGAAAAGAGAAGAUGGCACCUGGUUUGGAUACCGUGAGGUGGAGAAGCUUGCUUCCUUAUCAGGAAUUCAUCUGCGUACGGGCUGCUUCUGUAACCCUGGCGCUUGUGCUAAGUAUCUUGGCUUGUCUCACUCGGAUCUAGUUUCUAACUUUGAGGCUGGGCAUGUUUGUUGGGAUGAUAAUGACGUAAUAAAAGGAAAACCAACUGGUGCUGUCAGAAUAUCAUUUGGGUACAUUUCCACUUAUCAAGAUGCGGAGGAAUUUCUGAAGUUUCUGCAGUCUUCUUUCGUGUCUAAACCAAUAGCAUCCAGUAAUGGGCACACGUUGAGUAUGAACACUCUUAACUUAGUAGACAAUCAGAGUCAGCAAGUUGUUCCAGAUGUUCGCUUAAAGUCCAUAAUUAUUUAUCCUGUGAAGUCUUGCCAAGGAUUUAGUGUGCAGAGUUGGCCACUGGCCGCUGGUGGCUUAAAAUAUGACAGAGAGUGGCUUCUUCAAGGAUCAGGUGGUGAAAUUUUGACUCAAAAAAAGGUACCAGAGUUGGCCUCUAUCCGCACAUUGAUCAACCUGGAACUUGGGAAGCUCUUCGUAGAGUCACCUAAACGAAAGGAUAAAUUGCAGAUUUCUCUUCUGGAGAAUCUGACUCAUCUAACUGCAGAAGUAGAUGUGUAUGGCCAAAGGUACGAGGUAGAAAGUUAUGAUGAGAAUGUAAACACAUGGUUCAGCGAAGCUAUUGGACGCCAUUGUACCUUUAUGAGAUGUUCAAGCUCCAAGAAAAGUCUCUGCACAUCUACUGGCCAGAACGGUCGUCUAUGCAGGGAUACUCGAAGCAAACUUAGUUUUGUCAACGAAGGACAAUUGCUGCUAAUAUCUGAAGAGAGCGUCUCUGACCUCAACAGUCGGCUUAGUUCAAGCAAUGGAAAUGGUAAGCAGCACGUUCUUGUUGAUGCAAUGAGAUUUCGCCCCAACAUUGUUAUCUCUGGGUCGACGCCAUACAGAGAGGACAACUGGAAGAGGCUUCACAUUGGAGAUGCCUAUUUUACUUCCAUGGGAGGAUGCAACCGUUGCCAGAUGAUCAACCUACACCAGAACGCGGGGCAGGUGAUCAAGUCGAAGGAACCGCUGGCUACAUUGGCCUCCUACCGUCGAGAAAAGGGCAAGAUUUUGUUUGGUGUCCUGUUGAACUACGAAGACGGUUCGAGUGGAGAAGAGACCGUCGCAGAGAGAUGGCUCCAAGUAGGGCAAGAAGUGCACACUUCGACAGAGUGAUUUCGUGUGCAGAUACAGAGCCAGCACCCACAUCAGAAAAGGUGCUUGGCAAUGAGUUGCUUAGGACAACACACACCCAGUGCGUGUAACAAUUUUUAAAUGCUUGUGUAAUAUUUUUGUAUACAUAGACAGGAAAAAUAACUUGAAACAUGUGAAAAAUGCAUAGUUGUAAACGGUUCAGAUGCCAUAGUUACUCAGAACUGAUGUUCCUAUGAACAUGACAUUUGUAUGACAACAUGCCAGUUUUGUAUUUGUAAUCACGGAACACAGCCCAGCAUUUUUAAAA